AUAAAAUAAAAUCCCAUCUCUCUCUCUUCUCUUCCACAAUUUCGCUGACCAACAACAACAAAUAAUCAGAAACGAUUUUCUUCUUGGUUUCUCCUUCCCCCCGUUUCGCGCUGCCAGCAGAACACACGAAACCGUAACCGGCCGAGGAUCGCUCUCAGCUCAGUAGAAGGGAAGCUCAGAACGGUCUAGGGUUUCGUUUUUUUCAUUUGGUUCGGGGGCGAUGGCGUCGAAGCGGAUCUUGAAGGAGCUCAAGGAUCUGCAGAAGGAUCCUCCUACCUCGUGCAGCGCAGGUCCUGUUGCUGAAGACAUGUUCCAUUGGCAAGCAACAAUCAUGGGUCCUUCAGAUAGUCCCUAUUCCGGUGGUGUGUUUCUAGUCAGUAUUCAUUUCCCACCAGACUAUCCAUUCAAACCGCCAAAGCAGGUUUCUUUCAGGACUAAGGUCUUCCACCCCAAUAUCAACAGCAACGGCAGUAUCUGCCUGGAUAUUCUGAAGGAGCAGUGGAGCCCAGCCUUGACCAUAUCAAAGGUGUUGCUCUCUAUAUGUUCACUGUUGACAGACCCCAACCCCGACGACCCGUUGGUGCCAGAGAUUGCUCACAUGUACAAGACCGAUAGGGCCAAGUACGAGACAACCGCUAAGAGCUGGACUCAGAAGUACGCGAUGGGCUGACGAACUACAGCUGCUGUUUUUAUUGCUAUGUGCUAUAUAUGAACUUAUAUAAAAGGGGGAGAGUGGAAAAAGGGCUGUGCAUUUUACUAAACUUCUUUUGCGUCGUUUGCUCUUUGAAGGAAUAUGUUUACUCUUUUGUCAAGUCUAUGAAUGGAAGGCUUGAGUUCAUGUGUCUCCUCGUUGUUAACUGGACCAAAUUCAUGGCGUGGAUUCCUUAUCCUAACCCUAGUGAACUUCGGAUUUCUCCUCUUCCUCCUUUACGUCGUUUAAUUCUAAAUGGUGCAGAAUUUGGAGCAUACGAUACUCCUGGAGUCCUGGUGAUCGUAUUAAACAAAGUUCGCUGUAUCGAUAGAACUCCCUCGCCACCGAGUAUACUAUACUACUGUUGCUUCCAGAUCCCAUCAGCCUUCAGGGCACCAUGCAAGUUGCUCUGACACCUGCAG